UUCUCUAUGGGUUGUUUUCUCGUGCAACAUCCAUGAUUAUUUUCUGUUGUUGAAAGUUGAAGAAUUGAAAGCGAUGCUGUACAUGCUUGUGUGGAUAAGUUCAAUUGACCACAAAGCAAAAAGCUUUACCAAUAAAUUUCCAACUACAACAUAGUAAAGAUAUGCCUAGAACAGGUGAAGCUACUUCAUCCAAUCCCAGGGCUCCAUAUGAUGAGGACGUGGCUAGGGUUUUUCAAGCCAUCAAGCAAAUGGCUGACCUUGCGCUUGAAGGCACUUCUGCAGUAAAUCGGAGGCUGAAAUUUUUGAAGGUUUUCAUUAGUCUGUCACCCCCGCAGUAUGCAGGAAAUCCUGAUGAACCUUUAGAAGGGGUGGAGUGGUUCGAAAGGAUAAAGCAAUGUUUUGAUGUAAGUGAUGUCCCCGAAGACCUAAAAGUUGGUUUUGCCACCUACUGUCUUAUUGGAGCGGCUCACUACUGGUGGGAAUUUGUUAAAAGGAUCCGUGAUGUUAAAUCCAUCACUUGGGCAGAAUUUGAGGAGCUGUUUUUGAAUAUGUAUUAUCCUGAAACUGUAAGGGAUGCUAAAUGCGAAGAAUUUCUAGGGUUGACCCAACAAAACAUGUCUGUUGCUCAGUAUGCAUCUAAGUUCCUUGAGCUAGCAUGGUAUGCACGAACUAAUCUUGUGAGCUCAGAUGAAUUUACAGCAUCGCAAUUUCUAAGGGGACUGAGGCCUUCCAUAAAAGCAAGGGUAACUCAGUUCAGUACUUAUGGUGACAUGGUGGCAGCUGCUUUAAGAGUGGAACAAUCUUUUGAGGACAGCGAGGAAGAGUCAUUUGAGGAAGCUUCUGGUGCAGGGGAAAAAAGGCCAAGAAAGGAGUACAUUUGCCACCACUGCGGGGAGCCUGGUCAUAUUCGGCCUAAUUGCCCGGAAUUAAACUCGCGUGCUUUUUGAAAGUUCUAUCAAAAUCUCAUCCUAAUGAUGGAAGGCAAAAAUGGUUUCAACUCCAAGUUAGUAGUGUAUGGAUAAUGGUUUGUGAGACUUUCAAUAUGCCUGGCUUUUGUUUUGGUAUGUAUCCAUGUAUCUAUGCAUCUGACUUUUGUUCCUUUGGACCUUUGUGAAUAAAGAAUCUGUUUUGUAGA